AUGCCGUGCAAUUGUGAAAAUGAUAAUGGACAAUUGGAGCAUGAAAAUGGAUGUCAGCAGAGGGUGGACCGAAUUUCUGGAGAAUAUGGUUACCGCCAUAGAAUGUAUGAUAACGGAAGUACAUUAAUGGAAGAAGUGGAUCCUGACACAGUUAGAUAUCCAGAUGGCACCGUACGGCUGCGCAACCCGAACAUCGAACUUAUGGACCAAGAUAUUCUAUAUCACCUGGCUCUCGGCAGCGGCUCGCACGAUCUCGUCGAAAUGUUCGGUGAUGUCAAAUUCGUGUGCAUGGGCGGCACACCGAAGCGCAUGGAGCAGUUCGCCUACACGAUUAUGGCGGAAAUCGGUCACAAACUGCCUUGUGGCACCACGUUACAGGACAUCAGCCAGUUUUCGUACCGAUACUCUAUGUAUAAAGUUGGGCCAGUGCUAUCUAUAAGUCACGGUAUGGGUAUUCCUUCAGUGGGAAUUUUACUGCACGAAGUGAUCAAGUUGAUGUAUCAUGCAAAGGUGCGUGACCCAGUGUUCUUCCGGAUCGGAACUUGCGGUGGAAUCGGAUACGAGGGAGGAACCGUCGUCAUUUCUGAAGAAGCUGUUGACGGGGCGAUGAAAAAUGCAUUAGAAUUGACGGUUCUUGGCAAGACAAUUCAGCGGCCAGCCAAGUUGGACCGACGGUUGGUGCGCGAGUUGAAGGCGCUCGCCGACCCCGAAGACCCUUACGACACCAUCACCGGAAAGACCAUGUGCACUUAUGACUUCUAUGAAGGACAAGGGCGCCUCGACGGUGCGUUCUGUGAUUUCACAGAAACAGAAAAAAUGGAGUACUUGGAGAGCAUACACAAGGCGGGUGUCGUAAACAUUGAGAUGGAAUCACUGGCAUUUGCUGCUCUCACCCAUCAUGCCGGUAUUAAGGCAGCCGUCGUAUGCGUCACACUGCUAGAUCGGCUUAAAGGUGAUCAGGUCUUAGCGCCAAAAGAGGUUUUAGAUGAAUGGCAACAGCGCCCGACCAAACUUGUUUGCCGUUUCAUAAAAAGAUACUUACAAAUGAAGGGGCGGCUGUCGUUGGACGGCCACGGCUCGAUCGCAGUCAAAAGUCCGCGUCGGUUCAAACUGGUGCAGCAGGAAUCGGAAAAUUACGACUAA